CAAUAUUAGUCACCUUUCCAGUAGAUUAACCAGAAAUAGUUUUUAAUCUUCAUAACUAAUGGUUUUGUGCUUAACUUCAAUUUUGCUGUCUACCUGUUUGAUAAAAUGUCUUACCGAGAUGGAAGCAGAUAGUAUGAUUUUGAAAGGUGACAAACUUAUAUUAAGAGGCUUGAUGUUUCAAGGAUAUCAUGGUGUCCUACCAGAAGAGAAAACUCUGGGUCAGAAGUUCGUGAUUGAUAUAGAUGCGUGGGUGGAUCUUCGUGAGGCUGGUAAAUCUGAUAAUUUAAAUCACAGUGUAAGCUAUGUGGAUAUCUACAACAUUGCUAAGGAUGUAAUGGAAGGACCGGGUCAUAAUCUGUUGGAGUCUCUGACUCACCUCAUCGCCACAAAAACACUACAAAGGUUCUCUCAAAUAUCUGCUGUUCGUGUGAAGCUUGGGAAGCCUCAUGUAUCUAUUCAAGGUCCCGUUGAUUACUUAGGUGUCGAGAUUUUUAGGUUCAGAGAUGUUGAUGUCUAAUGCUGAGCCUUGCACUCAGAAUACUUUGGGAUUCUUCAAUCUCUCUUUUCUAAUUUUGUGUGGUCUUUGAACUGAUUGUUGUCCUGCGGGUUCGGGUUCUGGUUAUCUUUGAACUGAUUCUUGUUCUCAUUGUAGCCUUGAAGUUUAUCUCUGAGUUGGGCUUCCUAUGAAACCUUGGGCUUUAAAUACGAAAAAUGGUGUUACCCAA